GCGGAACGGAAAGCGCAUCUCGUGCGAGCCGUGUCGGAUAUCCAAAGUCCGGUGCGACCAUGCUACCCCGGUCUGUGCACGAUGCCAGACUCGGGCACCGGAGAAGUGCUUCUAUCACCCAGCUCCGAUGACCAGGAAGAAGUCAGACUUCAGACCAUACCGAGCUGAGAAACAACCAAGCACAGCGGCAACUCGAGCAAAGGCUCAGGCCAACCCCCAGAACCAGAAGCCGGACGGAGAUGUCGUGUCUGACCCUGCGCCAUCGAGCUACCUGGGAUUCUUUAGCACGCUUUCACUAUGCCAGACGUUAUGGCCUGUUGCGACUCCGAGAUGGUCAAUACCCCCAGAGGACAAGCUCUCCAAGUUCAAGGCCGUCGAGCCACCAUUGCGAAAAGUCAUGGCCUACUCUCAGCGUCUAGAAACCAUCGUUCGCCAAUAUCGUGAUGAGAUGCAUUUCAUCGCCAUUCCUCACCCUCUCCUCUUUGACCCAGUCCUGCUAUUUCUCCAGGAGCUCGGAACCAGGUCUGACCAAGAAGCUUUUGCAAAGAACCUCUUGAAGACGGCAAAAGGUAACCUACGUCGCAGACCGACACCAUUGACCCCUGAAUUGGGGUUCUCCGAAUUCCUAGGAAUUUUCAGUACGGACCAUGUUAGACUGGAAUUCCUAAGUCUCGUAUUCUCUCUCUGCGGGCUUGCCUCCCUCUAUGCAGAUGUUGACGGCUUUGACGCAACGGCAUUCGCGACGGAAAUGUAUAAUGCCAGUAAAUACUGCUUGAAGAUAAGUCGUUCACAUAACCAGCUGAACGAUAUAACCGUAUGGUCUAGUUAUAUCAACACGAUGUUCUUGUCCAGCUUGUUUGGAAAUGCCAGUGAUAUGGCAUACCACUGGUUCAAUGAAUUUGUCUCCGAGUUGUUUAUCCUUGGACUCCAUCGACUGGCUUCUUCACCUCCGGAUGGCCCCUUCUUCAUUCUCGAGACGCGAAAGCGCAUCUUUGCCAUGGCAGUUGUAGAGGACAAAAGCAUCUCUACGUUACUUGGAAGGCCACCGCGGAUCGAUAGCAGGUUCUGUGAUCUGACAAUCCCGUUCGACCUGGACGAUGAAGAGGUAGUACUUAACGGUAAUCAAAUAAAGGCCGCGUUGAAUGCGCUCGAUGCCGAUGGGUGGAAAUGCAAUAGAGAGACAGGCCAUCUUCGACCAGCAGUCCUGGUCCGACUUCGCUAUCGCCAUUCUCUUCUUCAGGAACGUGUGCUUGGUUUAUGGAUGACGGAAAGACAGGGGACCUUUUCUGAGACGUUGCAUGAGGUGUACGAGGAAUACGAAAAGGGCAAGACACGCAUUCCACCCCAGUAUCGAUAUAGCGGCGACAUAUGGAACAACUCCAGUCCAUGGCUAUGCGUAGCACGCCUAAUCGCAGACCUGACCUAUCUCUACAGCGGCUUCCUGCUAGACCGAAUGCUACUACAAUCAUCCCAAGUACCGCCCACCCGCCUGCUGGACAAAUCGGCCGAGCUACUUUCCGGUGCUCUGGAGUUCGUCCAGCGCCAGUCUUGCCAUCCAGAACUCGGUGGACGAUACCCAUGGCUGUUUCUAUAUUACAGCCUCCCAGGAGCUGGCACACUCGCAACAGAACUCCACCAAAGCACGCUGAGCAGAGUACCUAUCCAGAUAUCUGUCCCUGUUUCUAAAGUUGUUCGUGAUCUGAGCGUCCUCCUCUCGUACUUCGAACGCGAGCGACUACCCGAUAGACCAGACUUCCAAGUGUGUACUCACAUAGGGAAGAUGAUCGGUGCGUUGCUGGACGAUACCCUAAAUAGAGGUCUCCCGGAUUCAACUCAACUACAACACCAACAUCAAACCCCAGAACGGCCGGAAUUGUCUGGUACAAUUCCACACGAGGGACUUGAUGGCUUGAACCUGGCAGACUCUAUGGCUAGUCAAGCGUUUCUGAGCUGGUUUGACGAGUUGAUCUGGGACUAUCCAACCAUUGAUCUAGAUCCAGAUGCUUUAUAGGACCGCAGUAGACAUUUCCAUCCACAUAUUUGUAUAAUUCCUGAAAUCGUU